AUGCAACAGUUUUUUCAAGACGUUGGGAAAAAGGCUGAGAAUUUUUUAGCUGACCAUCCCGAUGCAAAAACACUUGUGGAAAAUGCACAAAAAGGUGCACGAAAUAUAGCGAGAAAAACAGAGCAACGUCUGGGGUUCCAUGAAACGAAAAUAAAAGGACAAUGUCGGAUGGGAAAUUGUCUGUACUUCGGCCGUCCCAAUGUGAAACAGGCGCAUCAUGCCCGUCAGACUCAUUCUCAUUUUUCGCAUACUACUAACCAUAAUACUGCAUCUCCACCGCCACCUCCCUCUUCUUUAUCACCAUCAUCUUUACUCAUCUCAUCUCAGAUAGCAUCACCUAACGGUAAAAAUGAAGGUGACACAUUUUCAAAUAUUAAACCUCCAUCUUCGCCAACAUUUCGUCCAUCAUCGUCAGGGGCAUCGGCGACUUCGUCUUUAACACCACAACCAUUCACCAUAGCAGCGCUUGCAACAUCCGUCCCAUUUGCAAUUUUAAAUGGCGGUAUUAAUCCAUUACACAAACCAACGUUGCAAUAUAUUGCCUUGUUCGAUUAUGAUGCGAGAACGAGUGAAGAUUUGACAAUACGAAAGAAUGAUCUAUUAGAAAUUAUUUGUAAACGAAAUAAUGCUUGGUGGAAAGCACGAUCCGAAACAGGAAAAGAAGGUUAUAUACCGUCUAAUCAUGUUGCCAAACGAGAUAGUCUCGAGUCAGAACCAUGGUAUUUCAAAGUGACUCGUCGAAUUGACGCUGAAAAAAUUUUGAUGUCUGAUGUAAAUGAUCAUGGUUCGUUUCUCGUAAGAGGCAGUGAAACUCGUCCGACAGAUUUUUCAUUGUCGAUUCGUGAUAAUGAAUCGAUAAAACACUAUCGUAUACGGUUAGCAGAGGAUGGACGGUUGUAUAUCGCUCGUCGUACAGCAUUUUCAUCGUUACGGGAUCUUGUUUCACAUUAUUCAAAACAAGCUGAUGGUUUAUGUGUCAAUUUAAGACGACCAUGUAUACAAAUAGUAAAACCAGAACCAGAAGGUCUAAGUCAUAAUACCGUUGACAAAUGGGAAAUAGAUCGACAAGACGUUAAAUUAGGUCGCCGUCUCGGUCAAGGACAAUUUGGUGAUGUAUACGAAGGACUAUGGAAUAAUUCUACACCUGUCGCUAUCAAAACAUUAAAAUCAGGUUCAAUGAAUCCAUCAGAUUUUCUUGCAGAAGCAAGUAUUAUGAAAAAGCUUCGUCAUCCAAAUCUAAUUCAGUUAUUUGCCGUGUGUACGAUAAAAGAACCAAUUUAUAUUUUAACAGAAUUAAUGAAAAAUGGAAGUUUAUUAGAUUACUUACAAAGUUCACGUGGCCGACAAUUGAAAAUGCCAACGUUGAUUUAUAUGGCAACGCAAAUAUCCCGUGGAAUGGCUUGUUUAGAAUCUCAAAAUUAUAUACACAGAGAUCUAGCGGCUCGUAAUGUUCUUGUAGGUGAAAGUAAUACCGUAAAAAUAGCCGAUUUUGGUUUAGCCCGAGUCAUCAAGGAUUAUCAUGGUGUCUAUGAUGCUAGAGAAGGUACCAAAUUUCCUAUUAAGUGGACAGCGCCAGAAGCAGCACUUUAUAACAGGUUUACAAUUAAAUCAGAUGUAUGGUCGUUUGGAAUUUUACUCACUGAGGUAGUUACCUAUGGAAGAACACCAUAUCCAGGUAUGACUAAUGCAGAAGUACUUCGUCAGGUAGAACAGGGUUAUCGUUUACCACGUCCAUUAAAUUGUCCACAAGCUCUCUAUGAUAUAAUGCACGAAUGUUGGCAUAAAUGUGCUGAUAAUCGUCCUUCAUUUGACUCAUUACAAUACAGACUAGAAGAUCAACAUACGGAUGGUGGAAUGGAAAUUCAAAAUUUAUCGCUACAUAAUUGA